CAGCAAGUCGGCCACAGCCCUCCCCAGCGCAGCGCGGGCGCCGCCAGAGCGCAGCGGCCGCGGGCACUCCAAGGAGGCCGGGGGCGGGGAGCCGGCGGGCCGCCCCUACUGCCUCCGGCUCAAGGACCUGGGAGACCGGGAGGAAGGGGACUGCCAGACAAGCAAAAACUAUAACAUCAAACUUCCAGAGAGCCACUUCAGGCUACCAGCACCUCCCUCGGGCCUGCGGCAGCGCAGAGCAUGGACGCGGUGCUGCUAGAGCACUUCCCCGGGGGCCUGGACGCCUUCCCGUCUCCUUACUUUGACGAGGAGGACUUUUUCACCGACCAGUCCUCUCGGGACCCUCUGGAGGAUGGUGAUGAGCUGCUGGCGGACGAGCAGGCCGAGGUGGAGUUCCUCAGCCACCAGCUGCAUGAGUACUGCUACCGCGACGGGGCGUGCCUGCUGCUACAGCCCGCGCCCUCGGCCGCCCCGCACGCGCUCGCCCCGCCGCCCUCGGGGGGCCCAGGCGAGCCAGACGACGUUGGCGGCGGCUACUUCUGCGACGCGGGGGCGCCCUCCAGCGGCUUUCCCUACUCGCCCGGUUCGCCGCCCUCGUGCCUGGCCUACCCGUGCGCCGGGGCGGCCGUGCUGUCCCCGGGGUCCCGGCUGCGCGGCCUGAGCGGGGCAGCAGCGGCGCGGCGGAGGCGGCGGGUGCGUUCGGAGGCCGAGCUGCAGCAGCUGCGACAGGCGGCCAACGUGCGGGAGCGGAGACGCAUGCAGUCCAUCAACGACGCCUUCGAGGGACUGCGUUCUCACAUCCCCACGCUGCCCUACGAGAAGCGCCUCUCCAAAGUGGACACGCUGCGCCUGGCCAUCGGCUACAUCAACUUCCUCAGCGAGCUGGUGCAGGCCGACCUGCCUCUGCACGGCGGCGGCCCGGGAGGCGGCCGGGGGCCCGGCGGUGGCGGGCGUCUGGGAGGAGACAGCCCGGGCAGCCAGGCCCAGAAGGUCAUCAUCUGCCAUCGAGGCACCCGGUCCCCCUCCCCCAGCGACCCGGAUUAUGGCCUUCCUCCCCUUGCAGGACACUCUCUAUCAUGGACUGAUGAAAAACAACUCAAAGAACAAAAUAUCAUCCGAACAGCCAAAGUGUGGACCCCAGAGGACCCCAGAAAACUCAACAGCAAAUCUUCCUUGAACAACAUAGAAAACGAACCUCCCUUUGAAUUUGUGUCCUGAGAAAUCCCAGAGUCCCCUGAGGAUCUCAUUAUGUCUCUGUGCAUAUUGUACAUGUAAAUAUCUAUAAUGUAAAUGUAAUUUAAGAAUCACAUUUUUUUCUAAUGGCAAUCAACUGUUUGUUAUUUAUCUAUUUAUUAUGCUGUCAAGUUAAUGAAAUAGAUUCUCUUUUUAAAUAUAUAAUUUAUAUAAUUUAUCCUGAUUUUCUAAAAAUAUGCAAUAGCCUAUGAUUUCCCCCCAGCACCUUUGGCAGAACGUUAUUGGAAGAACUCUAGCUAGAAAAUUCGCGCUAAUUUAUUGACAGAUACGGUUUAUUUCUAAGCGAUGUUAAUAAAUGUUAUUUACACC